AUGAAUACUUUAGAUAAACAAUUAGCUGAUUUGCGAAUAUAUGCAAACGAAUUAGACGCAAAGCUUCAAGAUGAUAUUAAUGCAGCUAAGAUGAAACCUUCAAUUCCGCCAAAAAAAAGUAAACCACCGCAGCCCCAAAUCCCUCAAAGUUACACUGUGAAAUCGGCUUGUGAACCUUCAUAUUCAUCCAGACUCGAAUACGGAAGUCGCACAAGUUCUACUUAUUCAAACUUAGUACCAGUUAAGAGUUGUAUUGUGAGGAAUUCGGCAAGGCUUCGUAGCGGUGAUGUUCUUUUAUACAGUAACCUCUUACCUCCUGGAGGAACCAACCAUGUUUAUUCUAAUAUACCAAUGCAACGCGCCUCUGAAAGUAUAUACGGUGACCGCGACGCGAGAUCAGAAGUAUCUAGAAUAAGUGAUUUAGGUGCACAGUCUAAUUACAGUGAGUUACGCAGGCCUGGAUCAGCUUAUCCACCUUCUUCUGCAUCAGUUAAUGCUCAAGACUUUUCUACUUAUGGAGGAUCACAAACUUCUUCAACUUACGAGUCUCUUUAUGAGCCCAUAAAUCCAAGACCUUGUAGUCAAUCGUCUGGUACAUCAUUAUAUGGGGGAUAUGUUGGUACAAAUGAACCUACUCCAGAACCAGAUGAUGCCUUAUAUUGUGGCAACUGCUAUAGGUGUGGAGAGAAAAUCAUGGGUGAGACCACUGGCUGCACAGCCAUGGAGAGAAUCUAUCAUAUCAAGUGUUUCUGUUGUCAGCAAUGUGGAAUUAACUUACAGGGCCGGCCAUUCUAUGCAGUUCAAGGUCGGGCGCUCUGUGAAAGAGACUAUCUUGAUACACUAGAGAAGUGUUGCGUCUGUGGAGAUCCAAUUCUUGACCGCAUAUUGCGAGCUACAGGAAAGCCGUACCAUCCUCGCUGUUUUACGUGCGUCGUGUGCCAGAAGAGUUUAGAUGGCAUCCCAUUUACCGUGGAUGCUGUGAACCGAAUUCACUGUAUCGAAGACUUUCAUAAGAGAUACGCUCCACGCUGCGCUCGUUGUAGAGAGCCAAUAGUUCCUGAAGGUGGCGCCGAGGAAACAGUGCGUAUUGUAGCCCUUGACAAAAGUUUUCACUUUGCUUGUUACGCGUGCGAAGACUGCGGGGCUUCACUUUGCUCGAGGGAAGAAGGCAGAGGUUGUUACCCAUUGGAUGGACAUUUGUAUUGUAAAGAGUGUAAUGCCAGGCGCAUACAAGAUCUCUCCAGGAAUAUCAAUUAA